AUGGCCCUCUUCAUACUGAAAUUCACAUUCCAAAAACGAGUGAAGUUAGCUCAGUUACUAUGGCUGCUGUCAUGGCUCGCUGUUGUGGCUGGGAUUCUUACCCUUGGAAUGGGAGUCUACCUGAAGAUGGAACUAAGGAAACGCAGUGAGGUGAUGGACAAUACUGAAAUCCAUGCUGUUCCCAACACCUUGAUUGUGGUAGGAUUGGUGUCCAUUUUCAUUAAUUUCUUUGCAGGGAGAAUCUGUCAGGACUCGCUUGAUAUUAGCCGAUUCCCAAAAUGGAAGACCUUCAUGGGGCCGUAUCUGACUGGCUCUUUCCUUUUCUCCUUUGUGAUGCUGGUGGCAGUAAUUAUGAGCUAUGCAAUGAAAGGUAACCUGGAGACCUCUCUGAAGAUAGGUCUGAAGAAUGGUAUCCGCUUCUACAAGGACACAGAUACCCCUGGUCGCUGUUAUCAGAAGAAAACUAUUGAUCUGCUGCAAAUGGAGUUUCAUUGCUGUGGAAACAACAACUACAAGGACUGGUUUGAAGUGCAGUGGGUCAGUAACCGCUACCUAGACUUCACCUCAAAGGAAGUCAAAGAUCGAAUUAAAAGUAAUGUGGAUGGAAGAUACUUGGUCAACAGUAUUCCAUUUAGCUGCUGCAACCCAAACUCCCCAAGGCCUUGUAUUCAAACUCAAGUCACCAACAACUCUGCCCACUAUAACUAUGAUGUCCAGACAGAAGAACUGAACAUCUGGAUGACAGGUUGUCGAGAGGCACUGCUUAGCUACUACAUGGGGACAAUGAAUACGAUUGGAAUUGGUGUCAUGCUGGUAUACAUACUCCAGAUGUCUGUGAUUAUCUGCUUACGGUACCUUCAGACAUCUAUUGAAGGUGUGAUCGGGCAGGAGAAUACCGAAUGUGACACAGAUGGCUACUUGCUAGAAAAGGGUAUCAAGGAAACAUUCAAGUCCAUGAUGGAAAAAGUGAAGACAGUGUGCAAAUUCAACCAGGUGGAGUCCAUGCCAGCUGACGGAGAAGUGGAGAAAGCUACAUCUGACAGUUAAAAGUUUAAGCUGCCCUAGGGAAGGGAACAACUCAUUAAAGUUUCUGGUCACAUUUUAGAUCAGUGAAUAUCUUUUCUAAGUUGAUAUUUAGCUUAUUUCUGCAUGCUUAAUAAAUACUCAUAUGCAAAUUCACAUGGUUAACAUCUUCUUGGGUAUUUGACAUACAUUUGCUUGUAGGCACAGACCACAUUUGAACUUCAUUAAAUAAUGUUUCCUAGUUAAAUGACCUAUAUUCAUCAAAAUAUGUAUUUCAC